AUGCCUUCACUCCAGAAAGCCUUGCCUCCAGAACUUGCUGAUAAUGUGCUCAGGUUAUAUCGUGAAUGCUUACGGAGGGCGAAGUAUAUUGGGCAUCAGAAACACAAUACAGAGCUUUUAGUCACCAUGGUGAGGCAACAAUUCAAGAAAAAUAUGCAUGAAACUGAUCCAGAGAAGAUACAGAAAAUGAAGGAUGAUGCUGCAAGGGGCCUUAUCAAUCAUAUUCUGUAUGAGUCUGAGAAGAUUACAGGACGCAAAUUUUCAGGUUAA